AUGGAUCGACGUCAAGAUGGACUCUUUGGUGGUUUAGGUCACCAGCAUCAUCAUCACCAUGGUGGUCACCCUGGUGGAUAUGGUGGAAUGCCAUAUGGUGGACUUGGCGGCAUGCCAUACGGUGGGUUUGGCGGAAUGCCAUAUGGUGGAUACGGAGGAGGAUAUGGCUAUCACGGCCUUCCAGGAGGCUUCGGUGGUGGAUUUCCACACGGUGGAGGUUAUGGUUAUGGAUGGUAA